CCCAGGAGUUUCAGGGGUUUCUCAACUUCAGCUGACGGUGAAUCACUAAGAGUGGAUGAAAACCAAACGCGUUUAACAUUCAGCGUUCACCUCGUUUGUAGACCCCAUUAAAGGAGAAACCGUGUUCAGUUAAACUACUAGUCCCGUGUUGAUUCGCAGUCGCACCAUGUCUGCUGUGAAAGCGCUUCAACAGUGGUGUAAAAUCCAGUGUGCAGGAUACCGGGACGUGUCGAUCACUAACAUGACCACAUCGUUCCGGGACGGUUUGGCUUUCUGCGCUCUAAUUCACAAACACAGACCGGAGUUGAUAGACUUUGACUCUUUGAGCAAGGAAAAUAUUUACGAAAACAAUAAACAGGCUUUCGAGGUGGCAGAGAAUGAGUUGGGUAUACCUGCCCUGUUGGAUGCCGAAGACAUGGUGGCUCUAAAAGUGCCUGAUCGACUCAGCAUUCUGACCUAUGUGUCCCAGUACUACAACUACUUCCAUGGACGUUCUCCCAUUGGAGGUAUGGGUGCGAUUAAAAGGCCAGCCGAAGAGUCUAAUGAAGCGCCAUCUGAGAAGAAGAACCAACCUGUCACAGCUAAAGUUUUCGCUUCACCUAAACCAGCCACAGAAAAUAAGACGCCGAAACCGGUAAACGAAAAUAAGAGAGAAGUUUUGGCUGAACGUGCCAAUAAAUCAUCAGGAUCUCUGAGCAGCAGCUGUACUGUUUGUAACCAACAUGUUCACCUUGUGCAGCGCCACCUAGUAGAUGGCAAACUCUACCACAGGAACUGCUUUAAAUGCAGAGAGUGUUCCACUAUUCUUCUCUCUGGCACCUACAAGGCUGGAAAAGAAGCUGGCACUUUCAUCUGCAAGACACACACAAGCACAGAGAAGCCUUUAACAGCGCCAACCACACACAUCACAGUGCCUUCACCAAAGACGCAGUCUACCUUUAUAACCAAGACUGUCCAGAAUGCAUCCGGGGGAGGUACUGGAAAAUCUGGUUUAACACCUAACGCAUCUAAACCGGAUUGGCUGGCCAAUAAAAGUGACCGUACACCCACCCGUGGGUUAGCCGUCACACCUACUCCAGCAGUUCAGUUCAAGCCAGUACCAAAAACAACUCCGACAUCAGAGACAACAACUGUGAAAACCGCUUUUAACCCCAAAACACCCACGGAGCCUCUUAAAGCUGUAAGCAACAGUGUACAAGAAGCCAGAAAGAGAUUCUUUGAGCCUAGCAUUACUGUGCCUGAAAGUAAGAGCACCCCAUCAUACACCUCAACUACACCUGUGAGUACAACAAGUGUUACUCCUACAACAGAGAGUACGACGCCUAGAGUCCCAGCAGGAGCUGGAGCAGGUAAAAAAAGAGUCCUUCUACGGGUCGGAGACGGGGCAAAAACACAGGACACAGAAAAAGAGAAGGAGAAUGAAAAGGAGAAAGCCAAGGAUGUGAUUGGAAAGAUGGUGACGGAGGGAAAAAAUAAUAACAGCUUGUCUCCGAGUCCAGCAGGGCUGAAAGCAAGCAGCAGUAAUGUUUCCCCUGUGGAAUCGGGUGCUAAAGGCUCCUUUGGUAGGGUGCGUCUCAAAGCACUGGAUACCGAUGUGAAACCUGCUGCCCCCGCUGCUUCAGCACCAUCCUGGAUCAAAGAUAAUAAAACCUUAUCCAGGCCCGUGAGCACGCUGUCGUCCGAGAGCAAAGACAAUGAUACGUCUCCAUCUGGCUGGAGGUCCAUGCUCAAACCUGUGAAAACUCCUCCCAGUAAUAUAGAAAGCACCGGCUCAUCCUCCAAGAGGCCGGAAGCAGCAGCAGCUUCUCCACGGACAUCAGGUCUGGGAAUCACCACAGCGUCCAUUCCUGCUCCCUCUACCACCAGCAUCUCCAUCAGUAUCAGCUCCACGAAAGGGCCCUCACCUAGCCCGAUGAACAACAGGCCUAAAGCUAGUGACUCCAGCAGUGUUUCUCCGGUUAGUCCCUCAGGGACUGAAACUCACAAAUCACACAAGCCGGGUUACAUUCCAAAAGAAGACAUUCAGAAAGAGCUGAAAGAAAUUGAGAUGAAUAUGAACGAGUUGCAGAAAAGAGGAGUAGACCUGGAAAAACAACUCCGACAAAGUGAUGAGGAUGGAGAAGAGGACACUGUAAUGAAUGACUUAAUGGUGGACUGGUUUACCCUCAUCAGAAACAAACAGGUCUACAUGAGACGCGAAUCCGAGCUUGUGUACAUCGCCAAGACGCAGGAUCUAGAAGAAGAACAGCCCAGUGUUGAGGCCGAGCUCAGGAGACUGCUGGAGACCCCAGACAAUCUGAAGACCUACCACGAGCGUAAACGAGAGAAAGAGCUGAUGGCCAAACUUGUGGAGAUAGUUAAUGACCGGAACGCCAUAUUAGAGGGGCUGGAUGAAGACAGACUGAGGGAGAAAGAGGAGGAUGAGGAGCUGAAUAAGAUGAUGCAGAAUCUUGGUACCAACGAUGUGAAGAAAGAAAAAGUCAAGAGAAAAUCUUCCAUAUCCCGAUGGUUUAGCAUAAAGAAGUAAACGGGCGUCUGCUGAUGACUGAUCCUCGUGGAUGGUGUGUGUGUGUUUGAGGUCAGAUCACAAAAUCUAGAUUUAAACAAAUGGUAUUGUUGUGAAAUCACAUCAUUAUGUAUUGUCACACUGUUUUUGUUUUUUUCCUCCACAUACUUUUGCACAUUUUUCUCCUUAUCUCCUGUCUUUGUGGGUGUGAUAUGCUCAUUUUGUUAGCAAACGUUUUGCACUUGAAUCCUCUGAAUAAUGUAGAUUGAAUCUCUCAGUCAGUGUUUCAUUAGGGAAUUAAACAGUGUUGAGAGAAAGGAAGUCUUGGUCAUAUUGAUUCAUAUUGGAUCAAAGCUGAAAUGGACAGGUUGAGGUCCGACUGUACUAUAAUUCAAUUUUUUUUUACAUGUAUUUUUAGUUAAGAACAUAUUUCUUUUCUAUUUGAAUCAUUUUAAUGGUAUUAUACUGUCUUGGCAGCAGGGGGCAGACAGUGACUGAUUUGACACUGUUUGCCAUGUAAUUUCUCAACAGACUGUAAGAGCACUGAUUUAAAAGGGUCUUUUAAGCAAUUACUUGGUAUUGUUAAUUUUAAAAAUCUGUAAUGUUGCUUUUUAUUUAUUAUUUCCAUAUGAAUUGUUGGAGUAUGAUCUGCAAUUUUUGUUUCCUUUUUGCUGUAUUUGAUCAAUCAGCACGUCUUAAAAUGUGUAACAAGCUGUUUAAGCAUUUCGCUUUUAAUUUAAUUUUAAGUCAAAAGGUCUCCGUUUUUUUUACCCAGUACCCAUCAUCUAUUUCCAAACCUUUAUACAGUGUACAAUAAACUUUAAUAAUCAACAUGAAA